AUGCUUCGCUUAGUGCGGUUUAACUCCACUAAAAUUGAAACCCAAUCUGCUUUGGCAGAUAGAUUCAGCCAGAUCCUCGAAGAGAAGCUAAAGAAUGACCCGGUCAUUUCCAACAAGUUAAGCCAUCAGGAGAAGUUGAAAUUUGAGUCCCAAUACUCGAAGCACCUCAACUACUUGAAGCUGGAAAACCUUCUAAACCACAACAAGCAUGCAAAACAAAUAGCCAACGAAAGGCCAUGGGAUGGAACAGAGUCCACAAAGAACGUCAAUCUCCGAAUGAUCAUCGACCUGACACCUAAACCCAAACCUACUCGACAUUUGAAAGCAGGUGCUCGGAUCUUGAGUGCCAGAGAGAUCAGUUCUGAGUAUAAAGAAACAAAAAGCCUUCCAAACGCAGCGGAUAAUGAAGAUAACUUCAGAGAGCUCUACAAAGAACGACUUCUAGGUCCAACGAUGUUGGUAAAUCCAAAUAGCCCUCAUACUACUCUAAACAUGGUCAACACUUUGGCGAGUGCACAGAUUAAUUCCAAAAUAGAUUUGACCACGGGCAGGUUCAAUGAUGUUAACAUGGAGAAAGUUCGAGGGAAACCAUUGACUAGAGACCAUUUGGCUAAUGCCACCGACACAAAUUACUUUAUCAACCAGAUUCUAAAUAAGCAAGAUGUACUUCCUCCUUGGAUUGAGAACCAGCAGAAUGUCAACCUAGAAAUAGAAAACUUCAGGAAUAACAUUGACAAGCUGUUGGUCAACUAUUGUAAGCUAAGCGGAAUUCCCGAGAAGUCGGAAUUGAGAAGCAUAUUCCGUUCAAAGCAACUCCACUACUGCACACAUAAGGUGAAACUUAUUAACGCUUCUAUCAGAGACUACAAUCUACAGUCUCCAUCUUCUAGUUUUCAUAAAAUCAAAUUAAAUGCAGUUGAAGAGUUGGAUGGGUGUAUUGAUAGAAACUACGACACACUCCCUGAUAAUAUUAAGGAGUUGAGCCAAAAUGUUGUCUACUCCAACACCAAACAAGGACUUUUGAGUCUUUUUGAUGAACAAAAGGCCGUGAAGCAAAGACGUGUGGAAAAACUCCAGUUUUGGUCAUCAUUCAAGAAGAUGUUCCGAGAAAUAUGA